AUGCGGCGCGACCGCCCCGAGCUCGCGCACCAGUCCUUCAACGCGCGGGCACGGACCUACAUCCAGGAAUCGGGCGUGGUCGAGCUGGUCAAGUGGUUCAAGCACAACUCGUUGACAUAUCCCCAGAUUGCGAAAGUAGUUUGCUCCUGUUCUGGUGAUCUGGAGAAAGUGAGAAGGAUGCUAAAGUGGUUGAGAUCAAUUUAUGUGAAAGGAGAAUUUUUGGGACGUGUGCUUGCGAAGGGUGAAUCCCUUAUGAGUCGCAGUUUUGAAGAAUUGGAAGAGAUUACUGGCUAUCUGGAAUGCUGUGGUGUUAGGAGAGACUGGAUUGGUCACGUGGUCAGUAGAUGUCCACAGCUAUUGAAUUUGUCCUUGGAUGAGUUAGAGACACGAGUGCAAUUUUAUUCAGAUAUGGGAAUGAAUGAGAAUGACUUCGGCACUAUGGUCUAUGAUUAUCCAAAAGUUCUCGGGUUUUUCAGCCUAGAAGAGAUGAACAGUAAGGUUCAAUAUCUGAAAGAGUUUGGUUUGAGCACAGAAGAACUUGGAAAAAUGCUGGCUUAUAAGCCACAGCUCAUGGCCUGCAGCAUUGAAGAAAGGUGGAAGCCACUUGUGAAGUACCUAUAUCAUCUAAACAUUUCACGGGAUGGUAUGAAGCGUAUGUUGGUGGUCCAACCUACGAUUUUCUGUCUUGAUUUAGAGACAGUAAUUGCACCAAAGGUACGAUUUCUACAGGAUAUUGGUGUGAGGAAUGAUGCAGUCGGCAAUGUGCUUGUGAAGUUCCCCCCUGUACUAACUUAUAAUCUGUACAGGAAGUUACGCCCAGUGGUUAUAUUCCUGAGGACAAAAGCUGGAGUAACAGAGGAUGACAUUGGGAAGGUCAUUGCAUUGGACCCGCAGCUCAUGGGCUGCAGCAUCGUACACAAACUGGAAGCCAGCGUCAAGUACUUCCGGUCACUGGGCAUCUACCACUUGGUGCUCGGCCAGAUGGUUGCCGACUUCCCGACGCUUCUCCGAUACAAUGUGGAUGUUCUACGUUCAAAAUACCAGUACCUCAGGCGUGUCAUGGUACGGCCGCUGAAAGAUCUUAUCGAGUUUCCCCGGUUUUUCAGUUACUCUUUGGAGCAUAGGAUAGAGCCUCGGCACAAGGUUCUGGUGGCCAACAGGAUAAACAUGAGGCUGCGGUACAUGCUGCCUGGUUCCGAUGAGGAGUUUGCGCAGAGGGUGCAAGAGGCCGUCGAGAGGAGGGCGAGAUUCGAAGCCGGAGAGGCUACUCCGGAGACAUCAGGUGCGCCCGAAACACCCAGCAGCAAUGGAAAUGGCGUAGCAGCAGUAGCCUGUCAAGAGAUGGAGGCAGUACCUUGCAAGAAACAAGAAUUCCAUGUCCCUGACUUGUAG